CUUUGUCACCCACUCCAAUUGUGCUUAUAACAAAACAAGCAAACAAAAUGGGUACAAUCUUCCCAACGAACUUUGUCUCUUUCGGAAGCAGAAAUGCCAUGCGUCAAUCAACCAGUGCACUUUUCUCUAACCACUCUCUGCAUGUAAAGCUUCAAAGACACUAUAUGAUAUGAACAUUUACUACUCUCUCUCUCUCUCUCAGUAUUUGUGUUGUGAGAGAGGAAAUGGGAAAGGGAAGAGAGGCGCUGGUGGCGUGCAGUGAUAGAAGUAUGGGGACUGGAAUAACAGUAUGGGAUUUAGAAACUGGAGAUCGUCUCAUGCAUAUACCAACCUGUGCAUCACCUGCUCAUGGAUUAUUGUGCUUGAGAGACCAGUUUCUUGUAGCUUCUCAAGUUAACAAGCAUGGAUCUGUUGGUGGCGGGGCUAUCUUCAUCUGGCAAUUGAAUAAGCCUCAAACACCACUUCGGAGCUAUCCACUUGAAGCCAUUGGGCCUAUUUCUUGCACCACAGAUGGAAUGUACCUUGCAGGCGGUGCUCCUUCUGGAAAUGCUUAUAUUUGGGAGGUGGCUAAUGGAACGUUGCUCAAAACAUGGCGUGCCCAUCAUAAGUCUUUGAAGUGCAUGAUAUUUUCCAGUGAUGACUCUCUUCUUAUAUCUGGUUCGGAUGAUGGUAUGAUUUGUGUGUGGUCUAUGCUUAGUUUGCUAGAUAUGGGGAAUUUAGAGAGCCCAUCUUCAUUGUUACAUUGUUCUUUAGAGCAUUGUUCCUCCAUAAGUGGUCUGUUAACAACAUCAAGCUCAACUUUUAUAUCAAGCUCCUUUGAUGCCACCUGCAAGGCUUGGGACCUAGUCUCAGGUACACUAGUUCAAACUCAAGAUUAUCCAGUCGGGAUAACUACUAUUGCCCUUCAUCCAACAGAGCAAUUCCUGUUUGCUGGAAGUAUAGAUGGAAGAAUAUUUGUUAGUGUGCUUAAUAUUGAACUAGUAGAUGAUCCUUUUGUUGUUGCCGAAGAUCAACUGGUUGUGCUAGAAGGACACAAAGGAUCCAUAACUGCAUUGACCUUCAGUACAUUGGGUCUGAUAUCAGCAUCUGAGGAUUGUACCAUCAGCCUAUGGGAUGCUGUUAGUUGGGUGCCGAUACAAAAGUUUAAUUGCCAAAAAGGUGCAGUAACUAAUAUGGUACUGAUUCCACACUCUUCAUUGCUUCCUUCGUCAAACCAUCAAAGAGUUUCCUAUAAGUUCCGUGUGUCUUUGCUGCACAAAUGUCCCCUGCCAGCAGCCAACUCAUCCAAGGGAACAGUUACUCUUCUCCGUUCAUGUUCUUCUGCUGAGGACAAUCAAACUUCUCCUGAUUUCAUAACUACUUCAUUGGACCACCAUAUAUUUGAGAUGGAGGAAGAACGCACACCUGCAGCCUUGCAGAUUAAACUAGAAACAAGCACAGACCAACGGAUGUGGGUGACAAGAAUGACAAAACAUGUCAUGGAAAUUAACAAGCAUUUGCAAUCUCAUCUGCUGGAUUUGAUGCAGAUGCGGUUAGUACGGAAUAAUAAAGACUCACACACUACCAGAAAGAACAAGAAGAUUAAAAUUGAAAGUUCACCGCUUGACAGUUCAAAGAGAAAAGCUAUUACAGUCCCAAAAUUUAAUUUUCCAUGAUAUUUAAGCAGUGAGAUAACCUUUAAUUGGCUAUAAGGUGUAACUUAAGACAACAUUGUCUGCCUGUUUCAUCUUUGAAAUAAUUGCAAGCAAUGGUAUCAUGGUGUUCUAUCUGCUCAUGUUUCUAUGUGUUUACUAUUAUGCAUUUGUUUGAUGUAUUUUAGGAUUUUGCAUGACAUUCAUAUGUAGUUGUUAAAGAAGAUCCCUUUCAAACUGUGCCAUGGAAGCCAGUAGUAUGGGAAUUCAGAAGUUUGAGCAGGCUAGAUAAUGCAGUUCUUUUCUUUGAGGAACACAAAAUUUAUAUGCUGCAGAUGUAAUAUAUUUGCGGAUGGCUUUAUUUCAA